AUGUUGUUUGCUGGCACUGACAGUGCCAUGGCAGAUUCUGGGGACUGUGGGAGCAAGGGAGGAGGAGAUCAGGGGGUGUGGAUGAUGAGGGGAAAGAAACUCAGAACAGUUACCAACAACUCAGCUCUGAAAAUGGACGUGCAGCGUGGUCCUAGAAUACGUGCCGUAUUUCAUUUAUUCAAGAUGAGUUGGAUGUCCUCACUCUUUCUGGCCGCAGCCUUUCUGGACCUCUGUAGGGGACACAACACUUUGUUUGAAGGAUAUGACCUGUCUAUGUCCAGCUACCACCUGUGUACUGGACAUGAGAGCAGGGUGGUGAGUAAAGUGUUGUCCUAUAAGACCUCUUACGCGGACAGGAGGUCAUGUGGCGGCUGGCUACCCUGGAAGAUGUGUGAGGUCACUCUUUACAAAAAGGCCUAUCGGACUGAGUACAUGAAUGUCACCAAAGACGUUUUGAGGUGUUGUGAUGGCUAUGAACAAGUGGGCAGCUACUGUGCUUUACCUAUGAACAGAAGUGGAGAGUUCACUGCUAAACCAGGGUCCUGUCCAGAGGGUGUAGUGGAGGCACACAGGAGUGGAGGGUGCAGUAGAGGCUGGUGCUUCCACGUCAUUGUGACUGCGAAGACAGAUUACCAGCGGCUGAUAUCCAUGGAUGGGGGAAUCCUGAACCACACAAGGCUGUUGCACUCUGUGGUGACUGGAGCACUGGACUUCUAUGACGUCUCUGUAUACUACAUCAGCUCCUGGCCAAUAGGACCAUUUAGAACCACCUCCUCUCUGCUGAUUGGUUCCCCUGAAACUCUGUCCCUGUCCAACACGAUCACAAAGCUGCACCUUCUUCUCAAACACAUUGAAGAAGUCACCUCGGUGUCAGUUGAAGAUAUGAAUGAGUGUACCCAUGCCGCUCUCAGCAGAUGCUCACGUCAGGCAGACUGUACCAACACAGAGGGCUCCUACAGCUGCACCUGCCAUCCAGGAUUCAUUGAUCUCAACCUCAACAACACAGGGGUACGCUGCCAAGCUGCUGACCCUGUGACCUCAGCCAUGCCCAGUAAUGCCACUCAUAUGUUCCGCCCCCUCUGUACCGGCAUGGCAGACACAUCACCAGCAGAGCAGCACUAUGCCCCAAACCAGCCUGGAGCCCACUCUGAUGGUGUCCCUGAGUACCCCGCCCCCAUCACCAACCUGCAGGCUUCCAAUGUCACUGGCUCCUCCUUCUGCGUGUCCUGGAUGACUGGCCAAUCCCAGAGCAGGCUUAGCUUUCUGGUGGUGCUAAUGGAGGGGUCAAAGGUCAGGGGACGCUGGGAGACGGGGCUGUCAGUCUGGGAGGUGACAUUGUUGAAGCCUGGGGUUCUUUACAACGUUACUGUCAUUCCCUGUCCCUAUGGGAGCCAGGGGGCCAGCCUGCUGCUGCUGGUUAAGACUGCUGCACAGACACUUGGAGCAACAGCUCGCCUGACCAAUAUGCAGUUCACUGAUGCCCUGCUGGACCCCACUAGCCAGGAGUAUCAGAAUCUUAGUCCUAGUAUUGAGGAAGAGAUCCUCCAGUCUCUCCCUCCUGAUAUUCUGGCCCUGGUGAACUCAGGAGAUGUGAGGUUUCAGAUCAUAGGCCUGGCCCCUGGCAGUGUAGUAGUGAACUUCACCAUAAUCUUCACACCCAGUCAGUCCCAGGACAUCCUGAACGGGUCCUCUGCUCUGAUGCAGGCCCUACAGAACAGCUCCAGAUACACUGUUGACAGGAACAACACCAGCAUAGAUGAUGUUGAUGAGUGCAGUACAGGGGACAUGGACUGCUCCCCAUGGGCCAUGUGCACUAACACCUGGGGCUCCUACAGCUGUCUCUGUCUGGAUGGAUUCACGGACUCUAACCCCUCCAGGCCGGGACGGGGCUGUUCAGCUCCUUUGACCACAACCACAACCACACCUAUGUCCAUCACGACAGCUGUCCAGACGACCACAGCUCCAGCUACAACCACAACCACAACCACAACAAACACUCCGGUUACAACCAACAAUACAGUUUCAACCACUACCACCUACAAUACAACCUCAAUUACAACCAACAAUACAGAUGCAGCUACAAUGAACUCACCAGUUACAACCACUGCCAACAAUACAGUUAGAAUCAACAACACAGUUUCAACCAAAACUGUAGUCACAAUCACAACCAUGGCCCCAGUUACAACCUCAACCACCACUGAAGUUCCUACAACAACGACCAGCGGUCUCAUCAAAACCAGUCUGCAGCCUGAGACUCCUACAUCUCUGGCUCCUCUGGUCUCUUAUACGGAAGCCAUCUCAGUGGAGUGCAGGCCCAGUGCCAUCACAGUGACGGUGGCCAGGGACUUCCUGUGGGCGGGGCACAUCGGGGACUCUUCCCUGUUCCUAGGGAGACAGGAGUGUGGCGUGAACGGAGGGAACAGUAGCCACGUCCAGCUGACGGUGGCUUGGGAUGAGUGUAACACACAGCUUUUACAUGUGAGCCAGUGGCUAGAGGGUGCUACCUACUGCCCCCCUAACAGCACUCACUACACUGCUCAGGUGAAUCUGUACAACUCUAUGAACUCUCAGCUCUUGCCCGACGACACUACAAGGGUUUCCACAGUACGGCUGAAGGUCCCCAUCAUAUGUACCUUCAGGAGGAGCAUCAUCAUCUCCUCUGGUUACAGCACCACAGGGUAUGAUAUGAUCAAAGAUGCCGUCAUGGGCUCAGGGACGUUCCAUGUGAUGAUUCAGCUCCUGAGUGGAAUGUCCCCCCUCCCCCAGAACCACAGCAUGUCUCCUGAGGAGGACGUUGUGGUCGAGGUCAGCGUUGACUCCACAGUUGCCCAGAUCAAAGUGGUCAUCAACAAGUGCUGGGCCACCCAGAGCAGCAACUCCUUGGAACCAACAACCUAUGUUUUCCUGGAAAACAGCUGUCCCCUCCCAAACACAUACACCACAGUCGUGGAGAACGGCAACUCCAGCAAGUCUCGCCUGUCUCUUCGCAUUUUCUCCUACGUCAACCUGAAUGUCAUCUACCUGCACUGCCAGAUUCAGAUCUGUAUCGAGACUGGCUCGGCCACCUGCCAGCCUGUGAUGUCCGUCAAAGAGAGAGCUGAUACUCUUCGUCUGGUGGGCUACAGUUUACUGGGAAUAGGACUAUUCCUCCUCUUUAUCGGGAGUCUCUCUUCCUUGUUCUUCUACCACAGGAAGCGAAUUGGAACCUACAGCUUCAGCCUCAAACCCAAGCAAGAUAACUUUACCUAUCAUGUUUUCGAUACUUAG